AUGAUAUCUACGCUACUACUACUACUUCUGUUGUUUGGUGGCACAGUGUUGGCCGCCGAUGAACCAACUACCUUUGUUUGUCUCGUGUCCAACCCAGGACAAACACUCAAUCUAACAUACUCGCCACGUUAUAUUGACGCAUGGGCUGUGGCUCCAUUGUCAACUGUGAGCGAGUAUGUAUAUACCUUUGCCGCAGCAGACUCCUACGACUUGACCUUGGUGUGCAACAGAGGUACCCCUACCAACAACUGCACGACCAACUUGUUGGCAUCCAACUACCUCACCGUGCCCAUCACCUCGGACAAUGGCGCGCUCACAUCCGAGGGCGAACCUUUCACCUACACACCCAGUACACUCACGAUCAAGUAUGGUGAUGGCACGCCCGAUGACUCGGUCGCCGGCCUCAGUCUCACCACCGGCAGUCCCAAGUUCAACUUCACCUACCACGACCGUCUCAAGCCCAAGUUCAUCAAGGCCCAGUUCGAGGGCGGGCUGAUCAGCAACGCGACCGGUGUGUACCUUGGCUCGACAGGCAGCAGCACAAGCCAGUGCUAUGUUAGCGCGUUUGUGGAGGCUACAGACAACCGACUCGGCGCGCACACGGCCAGCCUGGGCCGGUGGGUCAACACAAUGCAGCACGUCUCGGGUACAUACGCCACUGGUGUCUUUUACGGCCGCCUGGCCAUUGAUGUCGAUGUGUCGCCCGAUGCCAAGUCCAUUCCACUCACCUUGAACGACUUGUACAGCAACCCUUCGAACCCCGAGACCUCGCGUAUCCCCAUGUUCUCAUGUGUCGUUGCCGAAUGGUCCAUACCAAGUGUUACUCCACUGAUGUCCGAUGCACUGUAUCUCAGCAGCCAGUCACUGGGCAUCGAUGCCCCAGUGUUUCUAACAGUGAUCAAGAGUGUUAGACCCAAUCAACAAUCACCAUGGCCCAAUGGAUGGAGUGUGAACUCAGACACAUCGAUAUCAUUCACACCCAAUCCGAAUGAUCGACAUGAUAAGCCAUUACUUUAUCUCAACUCCACAGUCUACUAUACUAUGUUCAAGGUGCUCCGCUACAAUGGCAAUGCAACUGCCACACUCAAAUAUGAUGACUCUGCCAACAACAAGUAUGUCUCACUUCGUAGUAUAGUUCCAACUGAAGCCAAUCGUCCAAGUGGCACAUCAGCCCAAGGUGUCGGUGUUUAUGCCUCGGCUGUAAUGGUCGAGCUGCCUGCUUUGGGAUCAAUGUCCGUGAACUUGGAGUAUACCUUGCCAGUGACCAAUUGUCUUUUGUUGACAUUCGUCAGAGUGUCAGUAGGCUCCACAUGGAUCUACAACAAUACCAACGCUGCAAGAUUGUGUACCAACGAAACAACUUGGCAGGUGGUGGUCACCGUGCCAAUGAAUGUCAUCUCAGCCAUUGGCGGCGACAUCAGAUUCUUCUUCUACGAUCGAUCCGGCUAUGCCUUCGAGACCGUCUACACAAUGAACCUGCUACCUGGCUCAGCCACACCGAACUACCAACGACCUGUGACCACCACCAUUGUCUCAUCCUCCGUUCCCUUGACCCCGAGCACACUCACCGUCCAUGCAUCAUACGUUGGGCUACAAGCUUAUCGCGAUGGACUCACCGAUCCUUUGUUGGAGCAUGGAGUUGACAAGUUCUAUCUUAACAACUUGUUCUCGACCAGGCUGCCAUUCCCCUUUGGGCUGGUCAGUGGAAGGAUUGAUCAGGGCACUAUCGAGUAUGAGACAAUGUUGCCUCCAUAUCCACCAGGAGGCUACAAGUCAACCAUUAAGCUGGGCCAGACCAAUGACUACCUAAAUGACUUGCAAGGACAGUUGGCAGCGAUCAUUGACACCUCUGGACCCGCACUCAACGCCUUCACCAUGGACGUGUCAUCCAACUCCACGCUCACAGUCCAACUCACACUAUUUGAUGUGUCUGGAGUACAUCGAUGUGAUCUCACAGUUGGCCCUUACAAGAAGACGUUCUACGCACAAGACAUGUUGGCCGAGGAUAUCAAGUUGGCCUCAUUCACGUACUCAGUGGUAAUCAACAAAGUGUUUUGUGGAUAUCCUGUCACGUUGAUAUGUGUUGACAAACAACUCAAUCCAUCAGAGUACCAAUCUGGCGGCUACUUCUAUGAUCCAGCCACCACUUUACCCACGGCCAUACCCAGCGUACCAUGUCCACUGGACCCUUCCCUUGCAGUUCCACUUCAUCUCGCUGUGGACUACAUCAACAACACCGACAUCACAGUCAGUCUACUCUUGCUCCAGGUCACACCUACACCACUCCUCCAGCCACCAAUCGUCAACUUUGAAUGCUCCAACUCAUCCAGGUCAUUCCAACAUACAUUACAGCUUGAUCAAACUCAAUCUCUGUCAAACAUGAUGUUAUACAGAAGUAAUCAAUCAAUCAAUAUUCCAAACGAUAGCAAGGCAACAGAUUGUCGACUGACACUCAAUGGCUACACUCAUGAUGAUCUGCAUUAUCUUCUAAGACAGUAUGAUGGUGACUUUGACAAUCCUGCCUCGGUUACACUACUCAACCCCCUGGACUCCCGACCUCCAUCAUUGAUUGAUGUCACUUCCACAGUUGAUACAAACACAAACAUUGCGAUAGUGAAUGUUGUCCUGGCAGACUCCUCAGACCUCUCAUUAGUGGAGUUGACUGUGUUUGAUACAUUGCAGCCCAUUCCACAAGUCCUCCGAACAGUGCCAGCCAUAGGAUCACGAUCGACCACAUUCACAAUCAAUGUAUCAUCACAGAUGAACAUCUGCAAGAGUGCCAGUGUAAAGUACUUUGUCAACAAGGCAUGCGAUGUGUAUAACAAUUGUCAACAAUGGACUGCGUUGGACUCUGAGAGGUUCCCAUCUGGCAGCAAAGUUCAACUUGGCGACCCUUCAAAGUUCAUCACUAUGGGUGGGCCUCAGAUCACAUCAUUCAGCUUCACUCCAAAGAUACUGGACCCGCGUUACAGCGCCAGAGUGGUCUUCACAAUGGGUGUGACUUCCAACACUCCCCUAUCCAACAUCUCGCUGCCAGUCGUCUACCUCAAAGAGACCAUAUACUUGGACGGUUACAACUGUACAAUGAACUUUAUCAACUCCACACACAUGACAUGCAUAAUGGAUGUGCCGAGAAUGUUUGCUCGAUUCCUGCAGGACAACACCUUCUCUGUCUACGGUCUGACCAGUGUGUGUGGCGAGGUCGCGGGGAUGACUGGACCCCAACUGACCAACCUGGGCACACCCAACAAGUUCAACUACAAUACCUUCCCAGUGAUCGACCCAAUCCCUUUGAUGAAGCCAACUGAUCGUAGCUUCAUUCUCACUGGCGUGGACAUCAGCUCCAUCAAGGUAUCGGAUAUAGAGGUGUUUGGUAUCACCAAUGGAGGAUCAACAGUCUCUGCCACAUCACAACGCUUCGAUUAUCCUUUCACAUUCACUUCGCUUACGGCCACUUCAGGACGAGUAAGCCUCACAGACGAUGCUCCAUCAUUCACCCCGGACUACAAACUCUAUGUUCAGAUAUAUGGAGGUGUCCACCAACAGAGCAUCCCGCUAUACUACUGUCCAAACGAUUGCACUAGCCCUGAUCAUGGUGUGUGCCAGACCAACAACAUCUGUCUGUGUAGCAGUGAUUGGACUGGUAGCGACUGCUCGGUCAACAAGUUGGUUAAGUGUGCGAGUGAUCAGGAGACUACGAGAUGCUCUGGAAAUGGCGCGUGUUCAUCCUCAAUGAUCUGUCAGUGCGAGCCAGGCUGGAAUGGUCCCGGUUGCGACUUUGUUGUGCCUUCAAACACGAGUGUGUUGAAUGUGACCCUGGGCGAGCCCAACGAACCUGUGGCUACCUUUAGCAACUUUGAUCAACUGCUCAACACCUCGGACAAGGUUUACCAAUCGUCAAGUUUCAACAUCCAAUUCCUAAUGUUGCAAGAGAUGGGAAGCGAUGAAGUACUGGUGCGCAACACUUCCCUCAGCAACCUGUUGCACAUGAAGGCAUUGCCCGACAACACCUACGAGUACACAUCAUUGGACAACAGCACAAACAACAACAUUGGAUGGAUCAAUGUGACCAUCAGGAAGAACACAGAACCAGAGAGCUUCAUCUGGAUCAACGAGACGUUCAAUCUACCGGCCAACACAAUUAAGUUCACCGUUCACAUGGCCAACUAUCCAUUCAGGUCCAAGCUGAACUCACUGGUGCUCACAUGGCAGAUGGAGAGUAUUGGUCAACCUGGCUGCCAAUAUGGCUCGCGUGACCCAACCCUCGCUGGAUCAUCCGAGCUCGACCUACGCUAUGUUCUCAUGCCAUUGGCAGGAGUUCAGAUGUACGCCAGGUUCCCCAACACAGUACUUGUCGACUCUCGGCCAACCAUUGUAUCAAAUAGAAUGUUGUGGACCAACGUCACAACACUUCAAGUUGGAACAGUUAUUCCAUACUUCUCCACCAUCGACAUUGAUCCAGACUUUAGUGUCCUGAUUGAGUCGUAUGACAAGAGUACCCAUGAAGCAACAUGCUCAGCUCAAGGCGUGGAAAAGAAGGACAAGAGAUUGAUGAUCAUUCUUGCCGUAGUGAUACCAUUUGUAGUGAUGGCAGCGAUAGUGGGAGGAUUGAUCUACUUCUUCAAGUACAAACGUACUGGACGUAUUGCAACAUUGCGUCUACGUAAGCUGGCAACAACUGGUAAAUUUACAUUAUAA